AGGUGAAAACAGUGCCAGAGAUGACAGUCAUCUGCCAGCAGUGCCCUCAACUAUGUGCAUCCACCAGGGUACAGCAAACAACUCUUUGCUGCCUCAACACCCAAGAGCAAGAUGUCUGCCACUCAAGAUGCCAAACAGAAAGAGAACUCGGAUCAAAACUUUGACUACAUGUUCAAACUGUUGAUCAUUGGGAACAGUAGUGUUGGUAAAACAUCAUUCCUUUUCCGCUACGCUGAUGACUCUUUUACAUCUGCCUUUGUCAGCACGGUGGGGAUCGACUUCAGGGUCAAAACCGUGUACAGGAACGACAAGAGCAUCAAACUACAAAUCUGGGACACAGCAGGACAGGAGCGAUACAGGACCAUUACUACAGCCUACUACAGAGGAGCCAUGGGGUUCAUCCUCAUGUACGACAUUACCAAUGAAGAGUCAUUUGCUGCUGUGCAAGAUUGGUCUACUCAAAUUAAGACAUACUCCUGGGACAAUGCACAGGUAGUUCUAGUUGGAAACAAAUGUGACAUGGAAGAAGAGAGGAUUGUUUCUGUGGACAAUGGAAGGCUGCUAGCGGAUCAGUUGGGUUUUGAGUUUUUUGAGACGAGUGCCAAGGACAACAUCAAUGUUAAGCAGACGUUCGAGUGCCUGGUGGACGUUAUCUGUGAUAAAAUGGUGGACAGCCUUGAGAAUGACCCUGCUGCACCUACAGGAACGCCCACAACCAAACUGACCGACAAUCCCAUAACCUCUCAGCAGUCAGAUUGUUCUUGCUAGCAUUACCGUUGUAUGUAUAUGUGAUUGUUGUGCUGUUGCCAAGCUUGUGAAACAAUGUCAUGUCCAGGCUGUACUCAGGUCAGUUAGAGAAUGUUUGAAAAAAUUCUUAAAAAUACUAGGUCCAGUUUUUUAAAACAGAUGUAUUACUAACUUCAGGAUUUUCAACCAGGAAACGUCUAACACUAUACUGUUUCUGGAAGAGCUGGAUUAAAAACUGCAACCUGCAGGGUACAGGGUGAUGUUGUGUUAAAAUGUCAGUGUGAGAGAUUGCCUGCCUAAUAAGCCACUAUAUUACUGUCCAGACCUUAUCUUUUGCAUCAAGGUUUCUGUAAUCCCAGUAGUUCUGCUUAACUGUGCAAUAUCACGUAUGGGUGUGUUUAGAGACAAAGCCAUAAACUUGAUCAGCAUCUGCCUUCUACCUUAUGAACAUGUGCAUAAUUAAACCAUGGAUUAACCCUUCAGAUGGGUGAUGUGUUUACUGGAUAGUUUACUGCUAAUUUGAUGUGUAUUACUAAAUAUUUAGAAGAAGGUUAUGCAAUGAAAUCUAAAUAAAUGUGGCCUUAAAACACACA